AUGUGGGCGAACGUAAAGUUCCCCGUCCCUUAUGUAAUGUUUCUUCGUCGCGGCUGGAAAACCUUCGCAUGUGCCCACUGCCUGAUGAAGGGGCACGUCCUCCUCUUUAAAUUAGUGGAGUCCGACCUGCUCUCCGUCAAGGUCUUUGGGCGCUCGGGAAUCUGGGAUCGAGCCGCCCGACGCCGCCCCGCUGUCGUCACCGUCACCUCGUCGCCGGAGCUACCUCACCAAAGCUUCCCCCGCCGGACUGCCUCCUCCUCCUCAACGGCCUGCUUCCUCUUCAUCACCGUCAUCCCCGACGUCCUCCUCGACCCCCGCUGCCCGAACCCCUACCGCCCAAGUGAGCCUCAGCCUCGCUCCUCCCCUCCCCUCUGUCUCGCACUCGCGCGCCCUGCGCUCGUCGCCGCGGCCACCGCACGCGUGCGCCCCGUGCACGCCCGCCGUCGCGCUCCACCCCCGCCUCCAGCUGCCUCUCCCUCCCCGCUAGCCCCUGUCGACGGCCUCGCCGUGGCCCUCGCUGGCCGCGUUGAGCGCCCCCAGCGCCUCGCGCCCCUCCUGGCCUCCCCUGCUUCUCCUCCCUCGCCGCUACCGCCGGCGGCCGCGCCCGCGAGUCUGUGCGACCGUUGUGCCCCGCGCCCACUCCACCGACCGCCCUGCGCUUCGGCGGGCCUCAUCUGGCCACGCCGCGUCGCCCCGCUCCAGCCAUGGCCGGCGGCGCCGAGCCACACGCCGGCGCCCUUCGCCUCCUGGCCGCGGUGCCCUGUCUGGCGGGCUAGCGCCCGACGCCCGGCUCCGCCCAGCGCCCGCUAA